CGUUCUCAAGACCAAAAAGGUUAUAUGAAUCUAAGAAUUCAACUGAACAUCCAUACGUUGUUUGCAUCAUGUCAGCAUUUAGUGGGGUGGACAUGAAAUAUAAAUACAAAUUUGGUGUUGGUACUUUAGUACACGAGCGAUUUGUACUAACUAUAGAGUCGAUGGUACAAAACACAAGAUCAGUAGAUAUAAGGACCAGCUGACUUUGAACUGAAACACCUCGAGAAUGAUUAUAAAAUGUCAAUGCCUGUACUGAUAUUGAUGAAUACUACUUUAAAAAACAUCACAUCUACUAUAAAGCCGUUAGAGUAUCCUCCUAAACAAGAUUAUUGGGGCCCUGAAUUAUGCGUUAUGGUUGGUUUCAGUCCAUUUGGUCGAGCACAAAAACUUAACAAUUAUGAUUCAAUUCCAUUGACCGUUUACAAGUUAGACAUCUAUAUGACCACAAAAUGUGGUACAGGCGAUGAAGGAUCACCUCUACUGUGUAAGGUUUCCGAUCAGACAGCAGUAAUUGGCAAUACAACUACUAAAUCCAACGGAACUGACGAACCUCUAGCUAUUUUUGGAUUAUCUAUGUUUAAAAAUGAAAUCUCAUGUUCCGCAAAAGAACGAUUAAAUAGUAAACACAAUCAGACAUUUGUUGGUAUGUUUCGGUACAGUCAGUGGGUUGAUGAAGUAAUUAAAGAUGAAAUAAAAAUAGAAGAGGAAGAAAUGAAACUGAAAAAUAUUACCACAGCAGAACAAUUGAAUAAUGACACCAAUACCACUUCUAGUAUGACUAAGGAGAUAAUAAAAACAACAACAAUAAAAACAACAAAAAAGAUAAAAACAACAACACAACUUACUACAGAAAAGCUUCCAGAGUAUUAUAAUGACGAUUACUAUGAUUUAAUGCGCAAGAAACCGGUCCAAUGCAAAUCCAGUUACUUUCUUUCUAAUUUUCUACAACUUAAUGAGGCAUUCACCAAAAUUUCUGUUAACAACGCAAUUCGGUGUGUUUAUAGUAACCGAUUGCAUUUAUUUUUUAAAAUCAUCGCCAGUUUAACAAUAUACUUCUUUGAAAAAAUAUAUUAUUAACCGACACACAAUUAAGUGUUAUACCGUUUGUACAUGAUUAAUGCCAAAAUGAGAAACCACUAUUAUAGG